AUGGCUGGGUGGACCCGCGCUCCGUUUCGACGAAAGCACAGUGAGGAAAGAGCAGGCAAUGAGAUCUCAGGACAAAACCAAGCGAGUUACCGUCUACCGACAACGAUCGAGCUAGAGGAACGCGUCACAAGCCAGGUCCAAGAGGGACGGGCGGAGGCGCGACCAGGGAGGCCGCGAAAUGCCACUGAAAGCCCCACAACUGGUAUCGAUACAAGCCACAUCAAGCGACUGCAGCAUUGGUGGUCUCACAACGUCCGCUUGAACCUCGAGCAUGGCGCGCCAGGAGGUGACCCCCGUGACUACCUCGCUCUCGAAAGGACGUUUCUGGGCUGGUUCAGGACAUCCGUUGCUCUCGUCUCGCUUGGCGUAGUCAUUACCCAAUUGUUCGUCCUGAAGGACGUCCACCCUAGGAAAGGUAGAACUCUUGGAGCUAUCCUGUCUUGUGGAGGGAUCGUAGUGGUUCUACUGGGGUGCGUCAGGUAUCUCAAGCAGCAAAGACUCCUCACCCAAGGAAAGGCGCUUUCGGGAGGCUGGCAUCAUCAGGUUCUAAUAAUAACCCUAUUAAUUGUUCUGAUCACCCUGUUCGUGGUUGUGGUUGCUGAUAGCUAA